AUGUAUGCAAUGUCUCCUAAACCCUCUCAAGCUGGUGGUGACGGGAGAUGACUUUGGUUACUGCCCUCGCAGAGAUGUUGGCAUCGUAGAGUGUUUCCGGGCUGGUGCCAUCUCCAAUGUGUCUUUGUUGGUAAAUGGAAACUCAGCAGCUAGUGCAGCUAACCUAGCAAACAGAUAUAGUAUACCAAUUGGUCUGCAUGCAAAUCUCUCAGAAGGAAUCCCAGUAUGUGGAGAACUUCACCACAACUCCACCCUUAUCGGUGCACAGGGGGUCUUUCAUGGUAAAAUGGGUAUCCGAAAAGCACUAGUGCAAGGUCUUCUCAACAUGGCAGAGGUUCGCCAGGAGCUGUGCGCUCAAGUCAAACUGUUUCGGGAGUUGACAGGACAGAAUCCUCAGCAUAUGGAUGGACAUCAGCAUGUUCACGUGUUACCAAGAAUCAGAGACGUGUUUGCACAAGUGCUGCAUGAACAUGGAAUCCCCUAUACUCGUGUUCCUGUGGAAGUAGGUCUCAAUAAGUGUGACUGGAUUCAGGGUGAACUAAUGGAGUUUUACAGAGGGGUGGAGAAUGAUGCCUUAAACACAGUUGAAGUUUUCAAAAACCAUGGCAUCCGGUGGCCAGACAUUUAUAUUGGUCUUAGCACAAUGGGAAAGAAUAUGACAAUAAGUAACAUCCAGCAAGCCCUGGACUAUAGUAUUCAGUCUCUUCAUAGCUGUCAAUCCCCCACACAGCUCACACUCUCGUACCAGUAUCAGCAUUGAACUUAUGACUCAUCCUGGAUACCCCAGUGUCCCCCCAGUAGGAGGCUGUGGAGAAGGUCCAGAUGACUUUUCUCAGUCAUGGGAGCGUCUGCAUGAAAUGGAAGUCUUGAAAAAUCCCCUACUACACAAUUAUUACAGUGAGAUGGGGAUACAGUUGUGUUCAUUUAAAGACCUUUAA